AGUUCCCUCAUCCUCAGGGCCUUAAGCAGAACGAAAGGGAGAAAGGAAUUAGGGUUUGAAGCUGAUAGCAAUCACUUUCGCUUUUUGCAUUGGUUUUCUCCCUGCUUCUUUUAGUGGAAAUGGCGGAUGCUGGGGAAGGCGAUGCUCGAAAAACUAAGUGUCAGGGUGGCUCCACCGGGAAGCGGAAGAGGAAGUUGGAACAUCUGUUUGCUGGUGAUAAAGAAACACGGAUUGAAGCCUUUGAGAAGGAGCUUGAAGCAUUGUUUGGAUACUACAAGGAGGUGAAGAAUCAGAAAGUUGGCGUGGAUGUGAGGUAUUACGGUUCCAGAAAUGCGACGGUUGGGGUUUUAUUGGAGGAAAGCGAGUUUCCAUUGGCAAGGCUGGUAGAUGAGAUUCACGAUACGUUGAAGAAGGUGGAUCCUGAUCCUGUGACUGUGACACACGCCACAGUGAAGAGUUGCGUGAUCUCCGUGGGGCAGAGGCUCAUGUACGGCGUGACCAAUGACGAUGCUGAUAUACUGGAGGACCAUUCCGAGUCCUGCUUGUGGUGUUGGGAAACAAGGGAUGUCAAAUUGAUCCCAGCAUCUGCUAGAGGACUGUUCAUUUUUCGUCGUACUUGCCGGAGUAUGAUACACGAGAGAAUAACGGCCGUCUCUGAAAUGAUAUCGUCACUGAAGAAGCCAGAGAGUGAACAGAAUUACUGUGAUGGCUUGAUAGAGGCAUCAGCAGAGCUUGAUAAAGCUUAUAGCGAGGAAGAUAUCCGAUUUUUAAUGGAUUCCUUAAUGCAGAAAAACAGUGUAGACAUGACUCAAGCAAAAGCUAAACAAGAAGUGAAAUCGAUACUUCAACAAUUGGAUAGACAUAAAAGAGAAGUGAAGAAAGGGAACAAAAGCAUGGACAAUGAACUGCAAGGGAAAACAUUGCUUGUUGGGGUUUAUUUGGCUCAGCAGCAGAUUUGGGAUACCAUUAGGUGAUUGGUUUCUGUUUGGCGUAAAGUACAUGUCUUUUUAAGGGGGUUCACUCACUAGAUGUGCAGAGGG